AUGAAAAAGCCAAAAAUCGAAUUGGAAAGUUCAAAGCAGUACUUGCAGUUGAAAAGACCAGCUUCUUUGAAAAGGAUUGGGAAACGAGAAGGUAUCCGAGAAAUGAAUAGCAAUUCUAACGUGUCUGCUGGUGCUUUUUACCAGCCAUCAAACCAGUUUUCUUUCCCUCAAGGGUCUAUGUCGUUUCAAGCUCCAAAUUAUAACGAUUCUAAUACAAAUGGUAAUAUGAACAUCCAACCUGAUCCCCUGCCAUCCGGACUGAUCAAUGCGUUGUCUACAAAGGGUUAUGCCCACGAACCCCCUCUCCUGGAAGAACUCGGUAUCAAUUUCGAUCAUAUCACUAGAAAGACCAAGAUCGUACUAAUGCCAACAACUUCCAUUAACAAUAACGUCUCUCAAGAAAUUCUGAACGAUUCCGAUUUAUCAGGACCACUAAUCUUUUUUUUACUCUUUGGCUUGUUUCUACUAAUGAGUGGUAAAGUCCAUUUUGGAUACAUAUACGGUGUGGCUCUAUUCGGUUCCAUUUCGUUGCAUACAUUAUCAAAAUUCAUGAGCAGUAACAAUAAUAGCAAUCUAAGAUUCUUCAACACAAUGUCAAUCCUAGGUUACUGCUUCCUACCACUAUGUUUUCUCACUCUAUUAGCCAUUUUCAUCAACUUAAACAACUCACUGGGCUAUUUUGCAGGAUCACUCUUCGUCUUUUGGAGUACUUGGUCCUCUUCGGGCUUCUUAAACUCCCUUUUACAAUUACACAGCGCAAGAGCUUUGAUUGCCUAUCCUCUCUUCAUCUUCUACAGCGUAUUUGCCCUCAUGGCAAUAUUCGUAUGA